AUGAAGCUUCUGUACCAGAAUCCCAGGGAAUUCCACCUUUUGACUUCGGAACAGUCAAAUAUCCUGAAGCAAGACAGCAGUCACUGUGCUAUCAAAGUGGAGGACACUGGUGAAGACUGGCAUCUGUACCAAAGGUUGGCAAGUAAACUGGCAGGAGUCAGAAAUGGAGCUGCCAAGCCAACUAAUUCUGUGUAUUUAGCAUUAAGCCAGCAUCUGUCAGGAAGCUUUUGCCAAGAGUGCUACGAUGCCCAGCAUCAUAAAGCUGUCCCUCCCAAUGCCCGGAACAAUUGCAGACCAUUUCCACUGACUGAAAAGGGGAAGAGUUCACUAGCUGAACUCAGCGACUCUUACAGGAACAGAAGCACAUACCUGAGAGAAGCAGUCAUGGAGAAGUGUAGCUCCUUAUGCCCAACAAGUAAUGAAAACAAAGAAGUCACCAGAGACAAUAAUGACAGGCCACUGCCAGAGGAUGAUAAGGUACAGCACAAAAAUGACCUUUUACAGCCAGUUCAGUCCGAGCCCAAAUAUUCAAAGGAGCCUCGUGAAGAGCACACAGCUGUAAAUAGGCCUGAAGACCCCGCUCCUCUCCCGCGCACCACAGAUAAUGAAAAAGAAUAUCAAUCAGACCGGCAUUACUAUAAAAAAAUGAAUUUAGAAAUGGUCACAGUGGAAAACACCUGUGCGUCGGCUGUACUGAGAAGUGAAGUCGAAGAUGAAGACAGUCAUGACAAUGACGAAGUCAUCAAACUGCUGGUGAACAGAGAGCCUCAGGAGAUGCACAGCGACAUUCUGCAAAAACAGAUUUCCGACAUGAUUGCAGUUUUGGAGGCCUGCGACUUAGUGGAGCAGCUGGUGCUCAGAAACACGGGGCUGUCUGACGAGUUACUCGAGGCUCUGGCUACGGCGCUCAUGAAGAGCCCAUCCGAAGUGGAGAUGAUCAACCUCAACCUCAAUAACAUUGGCCCCAGAGGAGCGAGCACUCUUAUCGAGCUGCUGAGAGUAAAAUCUCAAGUGAAAAGCCUCUUGUAA